AUGGAUCCAUGUACACGUGCAAUUAUUUCCAGGUUCAAUCCUCGACAAAUUAGGGCUACCUGUCUGCUCAGAAGACUGGCUACGCCAGGCUGUCUGGCGUUCCGCACACGACGACAACAGCACCAACAUCCUUUUCCAGAACGUUCGUGCCAGGCGUCUGUACGAACCCCUGACGAAAGACACGGCGGUAGAGGUGACCUUUACCCCUAUAGGUCGAGGCGUCAAGGCCGUAAAGGCCAUCUCAAAGGGCGAGGUCGUUUUCACGGAUGCACCGGUCCUUCACGCCCAGACGCUGUCUUCCCUGCAGUUCCCGUGCUGCGCCGCUUGCGUCACCAGCCUGAUCGGGCCGGCGGACGUCUUCGGCGCCCAGAGCUGCAGCAGGACCUCCUGCAGAAGGCCGUGAAGAAGCACUGGCCUGUCAGGUCAAAGGUCGCCUGCAAAGCAGGCUGCUCUCGCGAGGUGUACUGCAGCGAGAAAUGCCGUGACGAGUCGUGGGACGCCUACCACCGCCUGCUGUGUCCGCACAAAAAUGCGGAUGUGGCGCGCCUGUACGAUGUGUGCGACACCUACCACCACCUCACCCGUGAUGACGUCAGACUCUUCCACGGGUGGUGGAACGCCUCCUUCAGCCCGGUGCUCCUGGCCAAGGUGUGGGCCCUCAUCACCUGUCGGGCCCAGAGCAUGGCCCACGAGGCCGGCCGUGCCGUGCCUUCAGAAGAAGACCGGGCCCUGGCUGGAGCACCUUUCAGCCGAUUUGUAUCAAGUGGACCAGGCAGCAACGCCGACGCCAUUUCUAAGAUGUAUCAGCUGAUGAAGGAAAUCUUCAAGAAUCUGGAAGAUGGGCUCGGCUUCGAUAUUACCAAAGAAGAAUUUGAUUACAGGUAUUUUCAGUUGUCCUGCAAUGUCCAAUCGUUCUCUGACUCCGACAACCCGAUGGCACACUUCACCAAGGGGAUCAACAAGGACCCCCAGUUUGCCCAUCUUCUGAGCCUGGCACGCCGGAAGGAACACGAGGGCGAUUUUGCAGGUCUCUUUCCUCUCCAUGCCUCCAUGAACCACUCGUGCUCUAACAACGUCGUUGUCAGCGACGGCAAGACCCCGGAUGGAAGAAUCGGCUGUGUCGUCAAAGCUGUCAGAGACAUCCUUGUCGACGACGAAGUAUGUAACCAAUAUAUUGACACAACUCUAGGCCGCAAGGAGAGACGGUUGAUGCUGUACUGGGCCUACAACUUCUGGUGUUGCUGUCCCCGCUGUCAGUUUGAGGGGGACGGGCCUGGAGAAUGUUGUGAGUGUGGCAAGAAGUCCCCCGACAAACCUUUCCCUCAGUGUGGCCGCUGCAAGCAUGCUUGGUACUGUUCCUCCGCCUGCCAGAAGAAAGCGUGGAAGAGAGGCCACAAGAAGAUCUGCAUCACAAUGACAUAAAACUGUCCAUCCUUCAUCAAGUGUUUUCGACAGACAGCUGUUAUGUUAUUGCACGGUUGACUUUCAAAACGAAACAUCAUUAUUUUAUACACUACUAACCAUUUUUUUUCUUAAGUGUGGAUUGUUUGUUUUUAUAACUCCACUUUGAUAUUUUUUCAAAGAAAGUCAACAUCAGCAGCUAUGCCAGGUACAAUGUUGUGAAUGUAAAUCAAUGACUUUCAUUUGUAAUAUUCGUUUCGUACUGUUUUUGAGGAGGAGAGGCAUGGAUGUUAGUAGAGAUCGUGUGUGAAAUGGUAGAAGUGCUGGAGUGGUGUGUUUUUGAUUGUCAGACUUGUUCACCCAAAUAUCUCUUGAAGUUCCCAUUGUUUGUGAGACGUGGCGGGAUAGACAAGACAUGUUGGUAGAGGGAUUGUAUAUGCAAUGUGUUGUUUACUGGUCAGACGAGUUUCGUUGCUGAGUGACGACAUGUACAUAAUUCCGAUGCCUGUGUCCACUGUCGGUCGUUUAAGUGCGGAGUUCAGAACGCAUACCUUCUCUUUUAUUACAAAAUAUAAAUAAGGGUAUAAUGCGAACAGUUCCUUUAUUUUUGUUAAAUAAAUGGCUGCUGCUGUUUCAUGAAUUAGGUUCAGUUUGUUUUGUUUCCCAAAAAGUGCUCCAAAAUGAUGGCCUUCACAAAACAUCCCGAGGCUGUGUUUUAGAAAUUUUUGUCGGAAACAAUUGUAAAAAAUAAGCGAUUCUUUUCACCGCAAAAUUGUGAGUAGAAAUGUAUCAGAAAAUCAGUAAUUAAUAAGUAGGAUUGACUUGUUAGUUCACUUAACAUUCCUUUAAUAUUUUCUUUCGACAUUUGUUUCUUGCGGGGCCUCUACCUGUCAAAGCCUUUGUUGUUGGUGGUUUUGUUUACUUGUUUGUGUUUGUGUGUUUUUUAAUACGACGUGCAUUUUUCAAAGAUGCAAAUAUUUUGUCCUAGUACAAAGUCUAGUUAAAUAGUUAAAUUAGAAGGCUGAUUUUGUCCUGCUCGUCAGUGAUUCGUGUGCUUCGAUCACGUGAUUGACGUAUUUUCAACUGGUUGAGAAAAUUAGCGCGAGAAUGUUGCUGUAACCCCUCUCUUGUUCAUUUGUACCCAUUUUGCUCAAAUUUCAAUGUUUGUGAACCAGUUAUUUUAGCUAUUUAUUUCUCCUUUUAGUUUAUGGUUUCGUUCAGGAAGAUAAGUAAGAACAUGAUUCAAACCUGCGACUAAGUCCUGAAUGCCUUCUGUAGUUUAAAAUACUUAUCUGCUUUUCACUUUAUUUAUUACUUACCUUCUUCUUUCUUUUAAUCCCUUUUAUGAUUUUUCAUUUUUUCUUCCUUGCUUCCUUCCUUCUUCUUACUUUUUCUUAGUUCUUUAUCCUACUCGUUUGUUUUUUUCAUGUC